AUGUGGGAUCCGAGGUGUUCUGCUCGACUUGCUUUGUGUACAGGUUCAGAUGCAGUAUUUUUGUGGACACCUCAAGGAUGUCUUGCAGUCCAGGCCCCAACACACUUCAAUUUUCUAGUUUCGUCCCUCGUCUGGCUUUCGACUGGAGACGGAAUUCUAUUACAGUCGGAGAAUGAAUUUUGUCUAUGCUAUCUAGAUUCUGGUGAUAAGCUUGAGAAACAUAAACCUCUUUGGAAGCCUCCUAAAAUCAAUUUGUCGACUGGAAAAUUGCAUCAGUAUGAAAUAAAAAGAAGUUCUGAAAAUGAACCCGAUCAUUGUCUGCCGUUUAAUAAUUCUGUUGAAAAUGAGGACUGUGAUUCUAUUUCUAACCCAUUUGGUGAAGAUGCUCCAAAUUGGCUAAAACAACACAGUAAGAUAUCCUCUGAUAUCACUGUAAAGGUUCGAAGAAGAAGUUUAUCUUCGUGUGAUAAACGUAAUGCUACGAGUAGAGAAUCGAAACCUUCUCGAGUUCUUUCCUCUUUAUCAAUCUGUCGACAAGCUUGGUUGGCUCCUUCCCCAAAUGUAAAACUGGCUAGAAAGUCAACAAUUCAAAAUGCUAUUACAGCGAAACGAUAG